CAUCAUCAAACACUACAGUGGUUAUAUGACCAACAGCAGCAGACUUGUAUAACAGAAUUACAAACGCCAACUGUUGAACUCCUCCUCCUUCUUCUCAUAAUCAUCAUCAUCUCGCAGGGCGCAUCUGCAGGCUGCCGGAGCAGAAUGAACUGAGCUCUGAUGGACGCGCUUAAACUCAGCUUUUGACUUUCACUUCUCAUUAGCUUCCUUCAAACAGUCAUGAAGGAUAUUUCAGUUUAAGAUACUUGACAUCCACGGCUAAUUUAAAUAAUAUAUUUAUAUUAUUUCAAAUUUCAAUCUAUUCUGACUAACUUCAUUAUGGGAUUACGCGUAUUUGGUGCUUCGCGUUACGCGUAUGCGUGCGUCUGCUUAUUUGUUUUUCUGCUGUCGUUUGCUCAGUCUCAGAGGAAUCCGGGGCCACAACAAGGAGAUGAGCCAAGACCGGCUCUCCGGCAGACGCUACAGUGGUCCCACAACGGAAAGGUUUUCAGCAUUUUAAGUCAGGGCUCGGAGUACCAACUCCCAAAGCGCAGAGGCGCACCUCAGGAGCAAGUGCAGGCGCGACCUGUCACCAUCAUCCGCGAUGCCGACGCUGGAAAUCAGGACACCCAGAGCCAGACGGUGGUGCAGCAGCAACAGCAGCCUCCCCGGAGCCUACCACAGCCGCUGCAAAGGCUUGUGAGAGGCCAUGAGCACCGCCAGCAUCUUCAUCGUGAGCGUCCUGCCGAGAGCGCGGGCACGCAGGGGAGCAAAGUCAACGACACCGAGAAAACGGCCACCCUCAGCCCACCUCUGCCCAGGAGAGAAGACAUGAUGCUCGGUGACGAUCCAUACGACCCUUACAAGUCCAUCGAUAGCGAUAAUCCAUAUUAUAACUAUCAUGACGUAUACGAGAGACCGAGGCCCAGGCAGAGACCCGGAUAUGGCACAAGGUAUCAUCAGUACGGGCUUCCUGAUCUUGUGCCUGAUCCAUAUUACAUUCAAGCCUCUGCCUAUGUCCAGAGUGCCCCAAUGUACAACUUGAGAUGUGCAGCUGAGGAGAACUGUUUGUCAAGCUCAGCCUACAGAGCAAAUGUGAGAGAUUACGACACUCGCAUGCUGCUGAGAUUUCCUCAGAGAGUCAAGAACCAGGGGACAGCUGACUUCCUCCCCAGCAGGCCCCGCUACUCAUGGGAAUGGCACAGCUGUCACCAGCACUUUCACAGUAUGGAUGAGUUCAGCCAUUACGACCUGCUGGAGGCCACCACUCAACGGUCAGUGGCCGAGGGCCACAAGGCCAGCUUCUGCUUGGAGGACACCUCCUGUGAUUAUGGAUACUACAGGAGAUAUGCCUGCACCUCACAUACCCAGGGCCUGAGCCCAGGAUGUUACGACACCUACAACGCAGACAUCGACUGCCAAUGGAUCGACAUCACAGAUGUAAAACCUGGCAACUAUGUCCUCAAGAUCAGUGUAAAUCCUUACUAUCAAGUGCCAGAGUCAGACUACAGCAACAAUAUUGUGCGCUGUGAUGUCCAAUACACUGGCAACUACGCCUACGUGUCAGGGUGUCACAUGUCACCAUAUUAAGAAACUUCAGCGAUCAAGAGGGGAUUCACCUGAGUUUUUGUGUAGAUUACCUUGAGGAAGGCUGCCUUCAGAGAAGUGUAAAACAUCAUAAAAUGAGAUUUAUGAAGACACGCUUUCAGUUAAAAGUUUAACAUUGAGAAUAAAGCAUAAACCGUCUGGUAUUAUAGAACCAGAUUGUGUUGAAGUAUUCUAUGCUUAUGUGGGAAAGAAAAAAUACCAAAAAAAAUUACCCUUACAGGGGUUAUUUCUUACAUCUAAUGAAUUGUACAAUGUGCUUGCAGUUUAUACACGCUUGUAAGAUAUUUUAGGAGGCAAAUCCAAAAUGUAGGAGCUUUGAGCAGUAAAAUAUGAGCAUAAACCAGCAUUCUCUCAUUCUUGUGUCAGUAUAAUACUUUUAAAAAUGAACCAGUUGUUUAAACGAAAGUUAUAUUUGUUAUAUUUAUAUGCAACAGAUAAGGUUCUUCACUCAAAAGCUUCUCAUAAGCUUACUUGAAUAAAACUUUAAGAUUUUGUCUCA